UGCUUACAUAUGGAGAGCAGAGAGCACCAUGCUGACUUUGCGGUUUGGAGAUCUAGCAGCAGCAGCAAUAAGGUCUCCAAAUGGAAUCAUAUCAAGCUCAGAAGGAAAAUAAAAAAUAAGAGGUUGCAAGGGUUCAUUUCCUCAAUGCCAUGGCAUGCCAUCUUUGCAUUUCUGAAUCCACUGCUAAUCGGCGUCCUUCAAGUGAAAUGUCAAGGUGCAAACGUCUCCCCAUUCGACACACACCCAAGAGUCAUGUGGAUAUUUUUGUCGACAACAUUAGUCUACUGCUUUGCAUUUGCAGCUAACAUAAAAUCACGCCGUAACUGCACUACCAUAUUCUACUCUCGAAUGUCCAGUCAUAUUGCUCUACUCACUGGCUCUCUUUCUUCAGUCUCUUUAGUCUCCAUCUUCUUUCCAAGCGUGCUUGAUGAGCGACUUGUUUUCUUCUCUUGGAUCAUUAUGCCUUUGAUUGUUGGAAGAACGUUGAUUCGUCGAGUGUGUCAAAAGAUUUGCAAAUCUACGAUGAAUGCAGUCAUCAUAGUUUAUAGCAUAUGGCAGGGGUUUGCAAGAAGGAUGGAGCAGCCACAAUUGCCGAUGUAGUCGAUGAGAGUUAAAAAGUAAGAAAAAAGAGAGCGAGAGAUCUUGAGAAAGAGAAGAUGAGAUGAGCAUGUAGGCCAAAGUGGUGUAGCUUGAUCUGUUGCAUGGUUCUAGCGUUUCUCUUCCACACCCACUAAUGCAAGAACAAAAGAGAUGAGGGUACGUAACCUACGGGUAUUUGAUUCAUCUAGUACCAUUGGUUAUAAGUCACUACUGGAUUGGGCAACUCAUUGUUGAAUGAAUGUUAUAAUCAAUAAAUUAAGCACAAAGUAAAUAGGUGUUGCUUUUUAAUUAUAAUCACUAGUGGUCUCACCACAUGAGAUUUGACUGGGCCAAUAUUAAUCUGCAGGGAAAACUUACCUCUACUGAUUAUUAUUCAUGUAAUAUAUAUAGUAGAAAAUUUGA